GGACAUUUUUUUUGGUGAGUACAGUUGCUUUCAUACUAAGUUUGACUUCAACUGUAGAUCUCAGGAGUCUUACUCAAUUACAUAUCAACAAAUAUCAGCUUGAAGAGCAAGGGUAGUUGUGUAAAAGGUCUGAUCCGGGAUUGUUCUGAAAGAAACUUGUGCUAAGAGCUUCAGAGGGAUAUGAAGAUGAUUGGUUCGUGCCAUAUGAAGAUGAAUUGGACCCAGCAAGCAUAACGAAGAACUCCAGAUGAGCUUCGUUCUAAGUACAAACAUCUCAUUGUGAGGAUCCUUAUCGAUUGUAGUCAUGUUUUGAGUUUGUUCCACCAUGCCUGCUGAGGAUGUUGGUCCAGGUCGGGGUGAAAGGAGAAGGCUGCCUUGGCUGUUUCUGGUGCUGGUUGUCACUGCCAUCACCUCUUCCUCCCUGUCUGUGAUCUCCUUGUACCAUGUGCUGGCCUUGCAGGCUGAGGUGGAGGGUUUGAGGGCCGAGGUGGUCCGCAAGAGAGAGGAGCAAAGCGGGAUGAUAGAAGAACCCAUGAAUGGGGCGGAGAAGCAAACUCAUCAGCAUGAGCAUGAAGAGAUCAAAGACAGAAUUGAGUAUCUGCAGCAGACUGAGAUGGAUGAUACCACAACAGACAGUGUUGCCAUGUCAAAAAGGAGUCUGGGGCAUGUCUCAAAAAAAGCAGAAUCCCAGGCAUGCUUACAGAUGAUGGCAGACAACAGGAAGAAAACCUUCCAGAAAGAGUUUGCUUUGGAGUUAUGCACAGCCAUCCCAUGGCAUGUCGGUCUAAAGCGCGGCUCUGCUCUGGAGGAAGAGCAGGGCACUAUUUUAAUCAAAGAGGAGGGAUUCUUCUUUAUCUAUAGUCAGCUCUCAUUUUCCCAGGUCUACUAUACAGACUCGACGUUCGCUAUGGGCCACAUCGUGAUUCGUAUAAAGAAAAAUGUUGUGGGAGAUGAGAGUCAGCACGUCGUUCUGUUCCGCUGUAUUCAGAGCAUGAAUCGAGUCAAUCACUUCAACACCUGCUACACCGGAGGUGUAGUGAAACUGGACUCUGGGGACAGACUGGAGCUUCUGAUACCUCGUACCCAUGCAAAUAUCUCUCUGGAUGGGGAUUCCACCUUCUUAGGAGCAAUAAAACUAGCCUGACUAUGGGACAGGGCUUUGGAUCAGACACUGAAUGAGACUGGAUAUUAUUCAUCGGUGGAAUGUGGCAUUGCUAUUGACAUUCACUGGACUUCACGAUUACAUGAGCUGCUCUAUGUUGUAGAGCAUUCUUGAAACUUUCUUCAUAAAUCUACUGUAUCCGGGAUAAAUGUUCUUUGCACUUGUUUGUUUUUUUUGUCACACCUCAAUUGCACUUCAUCAAACGUGCACAAAAUUGCCCAUAUGGAAGCUCUUUCAUGUUAAAAUUCAUGAUCUUUAUAAUCUUCUAUGAAAAUGUAAUAACCUCUAAAAUGGCUUUUAUGUUGGCAAAUGCCAAACUCUUUGUUUUCAACUACUCUCAUCAAACCAUCUGGAACGUAACAACCAUUUUUUCACAAUCCAAUCGAUUCCUGAUCAGACUUUUUACUCAGUAAAUAUACUGUUUAACUCUAAAAAAGUGUUGUGAACACCACUUCAUGUUGAUUUUAAUGUCCUUGCUUGUCUUUGUGAGCGAACACGCACACACACACAUGUAUUUUUUGAUUCAGAACAUCUGUAGUAUGUGCUUUGGUUAUUUAAAAUAUAAUUUUACUGUAACAAUGUACUUUUACUGUUAUAAUAGUAUGCGUUUUAAUACAUUUACAGUUGGAACUGCACAUGUAGCCUCUAAGAUUCUACCAGCAGAUGGAGACAGUAUCACACUGUGGAAGAUACAGUACAAGCUUUGGAAAGUACUUGUUUUGUAUUGUGUGCUUCACACAACCUCAACACAGGCAGCUUUUUCUGUUCAUUUAUGGAAGGUUGUAUAUUCUUUCAGUGUAUGAAUUUGUCAGCCUCAUCUCAAAAGGAAACCAUCAUCAUAGUGUCACAGGCCUUGUGAUGCUGGAAUUCUGCAUCUAAAUAUAAUAAAUCUUGAUACGUCAUCAAAUACA